CUUUUUUCACUGCACAGCAAAACAAAAGCUUACUUAAAUAUUAUUUCAGGUAGAAUAUCGAGGAAAUGUCUAAACAAAGUGACACUGAAGCAGACAGCACGAAGGAAUCCCUGCGUGAAGAAUCUAUUAUUGACGUAGAAGAAAACGUGACGUCAGAUGAUCAGAGAGACGAUACUGACAACGAGGACAUCAACAAAUCUGGCUGGUCUUUUAUACGGUAUUUCAUCAUUGUCAGCUCGUUCGUCCUUCUGGCAACAGGCGGCAUCACCUUGUAUUUAACAGUGUUCAUGACACGAGAACAGCUAUUGCCUUCCUUAGAGGAGAAUUCCACUUUUCCAGAACAAGAAAAUGUACCCAGCCAAGCUUCUGUCAAAGAGACUGAUUGCCCUGCCAACUGGACAUAUUAUAACCGGAAGUGCUACAUGUACAGUUCCACGCCAGUGCAUAGUUCAGACGCAGAGGAAUAUUGCGCGAGUAUAGAAGCAGUGCCCCUUGUUAAUGAUACCAAGGAGGCGAAAAAGGUUCAAGAAUUCAUGAAUACUCAAAUAAACAGAUAUAUAGGUAGGUUAUUAAAUGUUUUAAGGAAGUGA